UGUUCCGAGCGGCGCAGAAAAGCGACGAGAGGGGGCGGGGUCUGGAGACCUCCUCCAUCCUCGGGCCGAGACCGGAGGGAUGUUCCCUGCUCAGGAGGAGGCCGACAGGACGGUGUUUGUGGGGAAUUUAGAGGCCCGAGUAAGGGAGGAGAUUCUUUACGAGCUAUUCCUUCAGGCUGGGCCAUUAACCAAAGUGACUAUAUGCAAAGACAGAGAAGGAAAGCCGAAGACUUUUGGAUUUGUCUGCUUUAAACACCCUGAAUCGGUGUCUUAUGCCAUAGCUUUGCUGAAUGGAAUUCGUUUAUAUGGAAGACCAAUUAAUGUACAGUAUCGAUUUGGGAGCUCUCGCUCUUCUGAACCAGCUAACCAAAGUUUUGAGAGCUGUGUUAAGAUAAAUUCACACAGCUACAGAAAUGAAGAAGUUGUGGGCAGAUCUUCCAUUCCCAUGCAGUUCUUUCCAGUUAAUAGUGCAGCUUUACCUCAAGAAUAUUUUUUCUUUCAGAAGAUGCAGUGGCCUGCCUGUAAUCCAGCCCUGCAGCUGCCAUACUAUGAGAUGGCAGCACCGCUUCCUAACAGCACAUCUGCAACGUCUUCACUGAACUGUGCUCCAGAUCUGGAGGCUGGACCCAGCUCCUACGAAUGGACUCACCAACAACCCAGUGACCCUGACCUGUAUCAGACGAAUAAACGAAAGAGGCAAAAACAAACCAGUGACAGUGAUAGUAGCACAGAAAACAAGAGAGGAAAUGAAUACAGCCAAAAGUUCCAAAAGUGUAAGAAAAAGAAAAGAUAUUAGCAUUAUGUUCACAUGAAAUUUGUCUAUCCUGGUCUUCAUUUUCUUAGAAAAAAAACAACAACCUAUAUUCUUCUAAAUGACCAAUUUCUUGUGUUUUUUUGAAAUAUAUACUAUGACAUCUGAUUUGCUAUUUCAUUUUUGUCUUGAAUGACAAAAACUUAUAAAUAAUACAGUGUAGUACUUUUUGUAACAGUAUUUUUGACACAUUGUCAACAAGAAAUAUGAGUUGUUAUAUUUUAGUACUGAUGAUGAAACUGCACGAAAUGAUGAAUCAGAAGUCACUCACUGAGCCCUUGUGGAUAAGGCCCCCUCCUCUCCUAGACUGUUGCCUGCAUGGAGUGGUGGGUUUGGGCAACUGUUAGGAGUCUCGUGUUGUUCCUAACAAAGAGGGAAAAGCAGGCAUUAGUUUCCUUUGUGAAUAACAUUUUAUUUUUUAAGUCUGUAUAUGUUCCUUCUGAGCCUUACUUUCCUACAGGUUUAUUUCAUAAAAUGAGAAUAUCUGACAGUGAUACCAAAGGAAAGAUGACUAUGAUGGGACUAGUUUUUAGAUCGUUCCUUUUUUAUAUAAGUGUAUUUAAACAAAUACCUAUGUGGUUACUUCUCACUUAAUUGUAGUUCGUGAAAAUGAGUUGUGGCUCUGACAGUAUUUAUUAUGCACCUCUUUUGCCAACUGGGUUUGAGAUAGUAUAUUUGACAUACUUCAAUCUUGAUAAUGAACAAUAAAUAGAAUGAUAUUUCAUUAAUAUAUGGUACUUAAUAUUUAUUCUUAAAUCAGGUUUCUUAUUUCUGGUUCAUUUAUUUUUAGAAGACAAAUAGAGUACAUGUAAAAUUCAUGGUUUAUUUGGACACUUUGUAAACUUUGUGGCUCAUCAUAAGCAUACACGAUGCUACGUAUGAACUACAGUGGCAUAAUGAUGACAGUAUUUAUUUACUAAGGCUAAGUAAGAGAAUCCUGCAACUGUGAUUGAGGGGUACCCACCCACUUCAAUAGGAAAAGCCAUGCUUAUAGAUAUCUCUUUUGCAGGUUGCAUAGCACUUUAUAGAUCUUUAUUUAAAAUAAUAAAGAUUUUUUUAGCAAAAUGAGUAAUUGAAUUUAACUUUUGAUUAUAAAUACACAGUGCAGUAGAGUUUUGAAUAUAAAUAUUAAUCAUUUCCAUCUGAUGAAAUGAAAACUUAAAUACUGCUUGAUAUAGCUUGAUCUGUAUAUGUUGUAUGCUCCUGAAUAAUCAGACUACUUUCUUUUUGUCUUCACAUUUUUGCAAUUUAAAACAUCUUCAACUCUUAUACCUAUAGUUCACCUUCGCCCUACAAUAUUUCAUAGUGAUUGACAUUAUAGAAAAUAUGUACCUAAGAAAUGUCUCUUAGCAAGUAAGAGUGUAUAUUUGUAAGAGAAUUACCUUGAAAUACUGUUACAUGAACCGAAAUCUUAGAACUGCGAGGAAUUCUUGCAACUUCUUCCAUCACAGGCAGGAAUAACCCCAAUAGCAACUUUAGAAAGUCAGCCAAUUUGAGCCAACCAGAAGAAAGCAAAGACACCUAUUUGCCCUUGCUGUGUUUAAUUUUUUUAAAAAUAGAAAACUUUCCUUAAAAUGUUACUAUAAUCUACAGUUCUGUAUAAUUUUAAACCAUCAGUUUUCCCAGUGCUGUUUCUUUGAGUUAAAAAUUCUAUAAAUUAUUUGCCUUAG